GUGAAGUACAUACGUACGUACUUUGUUCAAUCAAUUUUUUUCUGUAAAAGUGUUAAAUUUGCAUAAAAUAAGCCCAAAUUAGUAAAGCUUUGUAAACAUGGUUGUCUGCGCCAUGCAGAGCUACACGACAGAUGAACAAAUAAAUGGCUGCAGCGCAAUGAAGUCCUCGCACGCCACAGAAGUCCCAGAGCCCGAAGUUCUCGAAAAUGGAAAUGAUGCCGAAGAGGAUCGAGAGGAGGGCGAAAUAGUUGAUGAGUUCGAGAUGAUCAUUUCCUCGGAGGAUGAGGAAUUCAAGCUACGUGCCCGCAUACAGCAACUGGAGGAUAAGAGCAAAGAUAUCGAAAAGAUGGAUAUGCUCUCCGCCAAUCUGGCCAAUCAAUACAGUUAUCAGCGGCCUCAGAGAAUGGAGAGAUUUUCUCAAUAUCAGCAUUUCUCACCAAUUAGUGUUCUCUCCGAUGUGUCCAGCCUGUCGGAGGAGGAGUACGAUGUGCCAAAGAAAUACCGUAAGCAUAAAAUGAAAAAGAGUGAGAGCAGAAGGUACGGCUCCAUGUAUAGACGGAAUCCAUUCACGCAUCGCACUCAUCGCCGAAAACGACGUCACGAGCAUCACAACAAUCAAUAUGGUCAGCACUCACAUCAUCAUCAACCGCCAUCUACCAUCUUGCUCGAUUCCCUGGACAGCCUAACGGAAGAUGAGAUCUGUGAGUACGACCUGAAUGUGGAGACCGAGAACGAUGAGUACGAGGAGCGGCUGAAAGUCAGCCGUAAUAAGCUGCGCAUGGCGCUAGCUCGCGAUGGCAACUACGAUAUCAAGCCCAAGCACAGUCUCAGGGAGCGGCUUCAGUGCCGCAUACGCAAGUCACCAAGUCCCAGUCGAAAUCAAGACGACAAUCAGCUGAAAGUGGAUAAUCAACUGCCGCACAACUCAUUUAAUGGCUACAGUCAGCAUCGUAUGAACAAAGAGGAGGUGGAGGAAAACGAUGAGCAACAGCAGCAACAGGUGUCGCCAGUCGAAGAGCCUCCAGAGCUCAAGUUGCGUCUCAUUGCUCUCAAAUCGGCUAUAUUAAAGAAACACAUGGCCCGAAAGAAGCGGGAUGCCGAACGCGCCUACUCACCCACGGAUAUGAUUAAUCGGGUGCAUCAGCCGAAGAACAACAACGAAUGUGAUGAUAUCGAUGAUCUCAUGGAAAUAAGUCCGGCUGCUUCGCCGGAACGCAACACGUACAGCCCGCCACAGACGCGUUUAACGGAGCCCGUGGACAUGGAUCUGGCGCAGACGGACAGUGAUGAGGAGAGACAACAGUGGAACGCCAACUGGCAGUCGACGAUGGAUAACGCUGGAGGCAGUUGGCGUUGCUUUAUGCCCAGCUCUCUGCCGCCCGUUUCCAUGCCCAUUGUGAUCGAUGACGACGAUGACGAGGAGCUGGAGCCAGUGCAGCCCCAGGAGAAGCAGUUCGACGACGACGAUGACGAGGUGCCGCCGCCUCCGCCGUCAUUUCACAUUCCGCAUAUGCAACUGGAGGAUGACGAUGCCAGGGAUGCUCUGCAUUUGAGCGAACGGCACUCGCAGCAGGGCUGCAUCAGCGACAUCCAAUCCAUAUCCAUGGACAACUCCCAGACGCAGACACAGACUUCACGUCCAUUCCAGCACGAAUCCAGCGAAGACGAGGCGGGUGCGCUGCGUGCCAUGCUGCUGUCCAAGCUGAAACCAGCAGCGGAUCUGGAGACGGUCCCUAAAAAAAUGCGCCUGCCAGCUGCUGUGUCGAAUGAAGCUGUGACGCAUGAUUCCGAUGAUCCCGAGGAGCUGCGUCAGUUGUUGCUUUCAAGCAUUGCUUCCAAAAAGAGGAAUUCAACCGAGAAGACGACCGAUAGUCCGGAGAUCCUUAAGAAUGCAGUGCGUCGCUUCAAGACUUCCUCUUUGCAGUCUACGCCGGACGAGAGUCAAACGGAUGUGCUCAGCGAGCCAGCUCCACAAACUUAUGCCCAUCCACAGCCCGUGGCAGUGUGUCCACCAUCUUUCGCACCUCAGCCCGAACCUGAACCCCUGUCAUUGCCUUUGCCUGCACCCGCGCCUGCCCAUGUACCUGUGCCCGUACCCAAACCUGUUACAGAAACUGCUCCACAAGUUAAUGUGGAGGCAGCACCAGCUGUGCCCGCACCCAACAUACCCGCCCCCUCGAUCAUUCCAGCAGCGACGAGCAUAAUCAAGAUCGUGAAGCCCAACAAGGUAAUCAACAAGAAGACGACGCCCAAGCGCAAGCUGCCGAAGUCGAUGGACCAAGCAACUGCUCCCAAACGUCCGUCGACGCUGCUGGUCAAGGAGUCAGUGGCGCCGCUGCACAAGAGUAACAGCAGCAGCUCCACGCGUCUGAUAACCACACUCGAUCCGGCUAGCAUCAAGGUCAACAAGCUUGUCAUCGCCCUGGCCGAGUCAUCCGCCGGCAGCGACGAUGAGCUGGAGCUGAGAAGCAGCCAGGCCUACAGCUGCUAUGCGAGUCCCUUCAGCCAGGCCAUGGACAGUGCCAGCAGCUCCACAACUCGCUCGAAUACCCCAAACUCGGAGAUCGUAGAAACAACGGCACCCAACAACUCCAAUUUGAGACGCACUGUCAUCAACGAGUACUUUGAGAAGAAACUGGAUGACUAUCUCAAGCAGGCGCGCUCCAAGGUGCCCACAGCGCUGCCCACGGAAGCCAAUGCCAAGCCAACACCAAAGACGGACCAAACUUCCGAGCAAGCUACCAAAACCGUUCCUCAAACGCCUGUCGUUCCGCAAAAAGCAAAGCCAACGCCUGUGGCUGUGCGUCAUUUGCCGGUGGCAUCACAAAGGGAGUAUCUGCGUCUGAUUGAGCGCAUGCGGCUGCUGGAGAAGAAGAAGAUGGGAGGCGCUAAGCCGAUCAAUGGCCAAACGACAACGUCUGCAGCAACUGCUGUUGUUAAAGAGUCCUCUUCGAUUGUAAUUAAGGAAAAGAUUUCGGGAGCCGUCAGCCUUACAGCGAAAACGAAAACAGCCGCAGUUGCGCCCAGCAAAGCUGUCAAGACGGCCAUGGUUGAUGCUUCUGCCAAUGCUGCCAGCGAUUCGCCAAGCACGUCGACAGCAGCAGCGGCAGGCAAGGCAAACCAGCCUUCGAAGGAGAGUCGACUCAAGGCAUUCGAGAGCUCAUUUCAAAAGAUCGGAAGCAGCAUGAUUGUCAACCUGGAUAAGUCCCUGAAUAUGGUGGAGGCGGCGAAGAGGUCAAAGACCGAAAGGCUGCGGCACUCGCAGCGCCUGAAAGAACUGCACGCCGAGAUACAAGCCGUCAAGCAGGCGGUCAAGCUGGAGGAGUCGAAGCUGGCGCGCUUACAGCCUGAGAUACAGGCCACGCAUGAGAUUAUUAUAUCACUCAAGCAGAAGCGCAACAAGCUGCGCAACGCUGCCAUGGACCUAGGCACUGGCCUCUUGGGCGCCGACUACAGGUUACUGGAUCCGGCCAAGCCAGAAAUAACACGCAAAUCCAUGGAGCUAACCAGGGAGAUUCGUGCGUACAAUUCGAUUGUAAAGUACGACGCACAAGCCAAGCCUUCCUCGGAGUCGGUAGAACAAGUUGAGCAAGCACCUGCAGCUAGUGAAGAGAAACCAUGCGAACAGCCCGCUCUCAGCUGCAAGAGCAGCAAUAGUCAGCCGGACGCUGCAGAGGCGAAACAGGAGUCUGACACUGAGGCAGAGGCGCAGCCAGUGUUAUCUGCAACGGAUGAGCCUGAAGGAGGCGCAGCAGCGACUUCAGCGACACAGCUGGACAUUGAUACUGCACCAGGAAACGUAGCACCGGACGCUGGCGGAGCCCCCGGAGAGACACCACAAAUUGUUAGCUUUAUGCGGGAGCUGGAUGAACCGCCCGUUAAGCAGUCACUUCUGAGCGAGUACCGCACGCCCAUGUCGCGCAACUACAGCAGUCAAUUGAAUGUGAAUGCCACCAUCUGUCCCUUCGAGUUGAUGGGUCGAUGUGAGGACUCGGACUGUUCCUACAUGCAUUUAACACGUGCCUCAUCCCCAGAGGCUGUCGCUGCUGUUGCUGCGGAUGCCGUCGUCGACGGCGAUGGUGACGUCGACGUCGCCGCCGCUGCCGCUGCCGCUGUAAAGCAGUGACAACAAUUUUGUUGUAUAAAACUAGAUAAUCAAAUAACAUUCUAAUUAGCGUGCUUGAAUUCUGGUAAGUUGAACUCUUCACGCGACUUUAUAUUUAAAUGUUGCUUUCAGUCAGCGAGAGUCAUAGCUACAACAAUAACAUAUAGUGCUACAACAACAAUAACAACUAGCACUA